GAGAAGAUGAAUUAGGGUUUUAUUGUAGGGUUAUAAAACCUUGCUAUUAACUCCCGCUGCUUCACUUUGCCUCUUCGCCAAACGAACUAUCAGCUGCUUCAACUCACCAGGAACGAGAUAGAGAUAUUGUUUGAACAUCAAGAACAAGGAAAAUGUCAGGUGAUGAAGCUCCAGUUGCAGUUGAGGCAGCAGCUGCCCCAGCUUUGGGUGAGCCCAUGGACAUAAUGACCGCCUUACAGCUUGUACUGAGAAAAUCACUGGCCCAUGGAGGGCUUAUUCGAGGCCUCCAUGAAGCUGCCAAAGUCAUUGAAAAGCAUGCUGCCCAGCUUUGCGUCUUGGCCGAGGACUGUGACCAGCCGGACUAUGUUAAACUUGUUAAAGCACUUUGUGCUGACCAUAAUGUGAAUAUGUUGACUGUCCCAAGCGCCAAGACUCUUGGAGAGUGGGCUGGUUUGUGCAAGAUUGAUUCUGAGGGAAAGGCUAGGAAAGUAGUUGGAUGUUCAUGUGUUGUCGUGAAGGAUUUUGGUGAGGAUCAUGAAGCCCUUCAUGUUGUUCAGCAACAUGUCAAGGCUUAAUGGGUAGGGGGAUUCGAUGGUUUCUAAUUAGCCAGCAUGUAAACCCACUUUGUUAUCCGAUUAAUGGUGUUUACUCCUGGGGAGUUUUGUUUGUUUUUAAAUGAGUACUGCAGAUUAUCAAUGUUUCUUUUAGAAAUUUUCUUUAAUGUGAUCUUGCUUAAUUUUAAUUUUUA